GGGGGCACAUAAAAAUUUUCCAGUUUUUCUUUGGGGAAAGUCGAGCGCCGCUUGCUGCUCAGGUAGAAAGAUCGAAGAUCUCGGGGCUCAGUCAAGAAAAUGCCUCGCUCGCGUUUGGAAGUCUUUCUGCUGGUGAUAGUGGGCCUGGGACUGGGAUCAGUUCGCUCGCAGCUGAGCAGCCUGCAGGAACUGGAGCUCAGCUCGCUGCGCAGCCACCGGCAGCUGCUGCAGGCCGAGAUCGCCCGCCUCUUCCGGGAGCAGCCACCCAGAGCACCCGAAACCCAGCUGCUGCUGGACGAACUGCAGCUGAGGGACCACCAGAUGGGCCUGCAGAUAGACAGCCUGGAGGGAGUCUCCAGGGGCGACAUCACCACCCAGAGGCUGGCCAUCAACCUGACCGCCGACUUUGAGCACCUGCAGCACAAGCUGGACGACCUGAAGCGCCAGCUGGAGUUGCUGGACGGGCGGUUCGCCUCCCAGGGAAAGCAGCUGGAGGAAGCAGCAGCACCGCCGGCCGCCCCCGGACUGGGUUCCUUUCUCUGGGGUCCCCUGCUGACCAUGCCGGAGUUUCCACAGGGCAGUGUGGCGAGUGAUCAGCAGCAGGAUCACCAGCAGGAGCAGCAGCAGCAGCAGGGGUCCAGUCCCUCGAUCAUCAAGCGAGUGCUGGACAUGCUUAGGCCUAGGAGCCGGUGGUCCGAGUCGGAGAAAUCGGCUGGAGCGGCCAAGCCCGCCCGGCCACUCAGCGCCGAGGAGCUCCUGCCGCAGCUGCAGGAGCAGCGCAGGUUCCUGGACGACGCCAUCACGCGCCUGGAGCUCCUGGCGGCCAAGAAGGGCUCCAAGAAGACUUAGAAACCUAAGAACCUAUCGAAUAUCUAUGGAAAAGCACUUGCAAGCACA